AAGUCAAGGUUUCCACGGGAGGAAAUUACACGUGCAAUGGAGGAAAACCUCAACAUCACAAUUGAUCCGGCUUGUUUACAAGAACCCCCAUUGGCUAUUGACGUGAUAAGGCAUUUGGACUUGUUCGAGAUUUGCCUAUACUCCAUACUCACCUUAAUGUCCUCCUUGUCCUUACUGCUUUAUCUGGAUGAAUGUAUAUAUGUGUACAGAAACCUGCCCCACCCCAAGAAGACAACCAUUAUUUGGAUCAAUGGUGCAGCACCAGUUAUUGCCACCAUGUCCUGUUUUGGAAUGUGGGUCCCUCGGGCAGUCAUGUUUACAGACAUGACCUCUAACUGCUACUUUGCAGUAGUGGUGUACAAGGUCUUGGUUCUGAUGAUAGAGGAGUUUGGGGGCUGUGAUGCCUUUCUGAAGCAAUACUCUGGAGAGAGAUUCAAGAUCAGCACAGGACCCUGCUGCUGCUGCUGCCUCUGUUUACCCCUUGUGCCCAUGACAAGGAGAAUGUUGUUCUUAAUGAAGCUGGGUGCUCUUCAGUAUGCAAUCCUGAAGACAGUGCUCUCAGUCCUCUCCAUAAUAUUGUGGACCAAUGGAAACUUUGAUCUUUCUGAUCUAGAGAUCACCGGUGCAGCAAUAUGGAUCAACCCAUUUAUCGGUGUGCUCACCAUCACUUCCCUCUGGCCAGUCGGCAUUAUGUUCAUGAAUACUCGCAACACACUGCGCAGGGUGAAGAUGAUCCCAAAGUACGCCAUGUAUCAAUUGGUGCUUGUGCUGAGUCAGCUGCAGACAUCCAUCAUUAACAUCCUGGCCUUGGAUGGAACCAUUGCCUGUGCCCCUCCCUUCUCCUCCCAAGCCCGUGCAUCCAUGUUAAGUCAGCAGCUGAUGAUCAUGGAGAUGUUCAUCAUCACUCUCGUCACCCGGAUUUUGUACCGUCGUACCUACGACCCACUUCCAUCCGACGUGCAUGCUGAUGACAACGACAGGAAUCUCAAAAUUCACCUGCCGCCCAAUCAGGUGGACACCAUAGUAUAAGAAGGAAAAGAGAGAAGGGAGAUGAGAGUUAAGCAACAAAGAGGAUGGCUCUGUGCAUAAAGUCCACAUACUGCUAAUGAUGUAAUGAAUAAUGAUAGGGUUACUUGUGUCAAGGGUUUAUAAAACUCACUGAAAUUCAUGUCAUUCUGGGAUGAGCCACUGGA